AUGGCCAGCGUAUCCGUUAAUGUCGAUGGUUUAGCAAAUUCAGAAGACUGGGAAGGCCGCUAUUUCCAUGUAGAUCAAAUCUUGGACAGACCAGGUCCGCGGACGGACCCGUCCUUUUUAGCUGGUGACAAGGUCAAGGACUUCCUGAGGAACAAGUGUAAGAUCCUCGUCAUCGGUGCUGGUGGUCUGGGCUGCGAGAUACUGGCGAAUCUCGCAUUGACUGGUUUCAAAGACAUUCAUGUCAUUGACAUGGACACGAUCGACAUUAGCAACCUGAAUCGACAGUUUCUUUUCAGACCAGCAGAUGUGGGCAAACCCAAGGCAAUAGUUGCAGCGGAGUAUGUUAUGAAACGAGUACGAGGUGUUAAGGUUACACCUUACUUCGGAAAGAUUCAAGAUAAAGAUGUCGAUUAUUACAUGCAGUUCAACCUCGUAAUCUGCGGCCUCGACUCCGUAGAGGCUCGGCGAUGGAUUAAUGCUACCCUCGUCAAUCUCGUAGACACUGAAAACCCUGAGAGCCUAAAGCCCCUCAUUGACGGGGGCACCGAAGGCUUCAAGGGUCAAGCCCGUGUGGUCCUACCGACGAUAACGUCGUGUUACGAGUGCUCUCUCGACAUGUUGAACAAGCCUACAGCUUUUCCGAUUUGCACUAUUGCCAAUACCCCACGACUUCCGGAGCAUUGCAUUGAAUGGGCAUCCGUUUUGGAAUGGCCACGAAUACAUGGAGAGAAAAAGCUCGAUACGGACGAUCCGGAGCAUAUCACCUGGCUAUACGCAGCCGCAGCCGCACGAGCGAAAGAAUUUAACAUUGAAGGAGUCACAUACUCGUUGACACAUGGUGUCGUCAAGAGUAUAAUACCAGCGAUCGCUUCAACAAAUGCUAUCAUAGCGGCGUCAUGUUGCAACGAAGCCUUCAAGAUCGCCACCAGCUCUGCUGCGUACCUCAACAAUUAUUUCAUGUUGAUAGGUACUGAAGGGAUUUAUUCUUACACAUUUGAGCACGAGAAGCGUAAGGAUUGCCCGGUUUGUGGUGGGGAACUGCUCGAGAUAUCGAUAAGCCACGAAACCACCGUUGAGCAACUUAUUGAAAUGUUGACGGAGAGGCAAACCAUUCAAAUCAAAAAACCGUCACUGGCGACAUCAACCAAGUACAUAUAUCUUCAAGGACCGCCGCAACUUGAACAAGCUACACGACCAAACUUGGAAAAGAAGGUAUCGGAGCUAGUAGAAGAGGGCGACCCGGUAAACGUCACCGCUUCAACCCUUCCUUUUAUCCUUGAGCUGGUUAUUAAGUACACGUAG